UCCUCCGUGGCCCUCCCGGAGCAUCCCGGACUUGGGCGGCGCGCAACGGCAGCGCUGGUGUGGGCGAGCGGCAGACAGCACAAUGUCUGAACAAGAGCGUAUACAGGACUGUCUGAGGAAAGAGAUAAGGUCACUUCUUAUUUCCACUAAAGAUGGUCUGACCCCACAACAGUUGGAGAAGGAGUACCUUUUGAUGGUUGGGAACCAUCUGCCGCUCCGAAUCCUUGGAUAUCGGUCCACUAUGGAACUGGUGUUGGAUAUGCCUGAUGUGGUUAGUGUCUGCCCCUGUGGGGAUGGUACCGUAAUACUGAAAGCCAUUCCAGAUGAAUCCACCAAAGGAAUAGCAAGUUUAGUUGCAAAGCAGAGGAGAAGCCAUAAGGUCCGAAACUCCGUACAGAAGGAAAGAACCAGCGUUUGCUCGGGCCCGGUGCCAUACCGGGGAAGGGUGCCCCCUAUACUCCCAGCCUUUGUGAAGAGUGAGUUGAAAGACCUACUGGCGUUUUCUCCUGUUCUCCUUUCUGACUUUGAGAAGGCGUUUGCCAAGCGUUUUGGACGAUCAUUUCAGUAUAUGCAGUAUGGAUUCCUCUCCAUGUUUGAAGUGCUCAGUGCCGCUUCGGACGUCAUUUCUGUAGAGCAGACCAGAGCCGGCUCCUUGCUGACACUAAAAAAGAGUGCGUCAGGGGAGAAGCAGAGAGGCUGGCCAGCAGGUAAAAUUUUUACUCAGCCAUUUAGAAUGAAGCAACAGGGGUCAUAUUAUUCUACUGGAUUCCCAGUAACAAAGACCCGCUUUUCCCAACGCACUUCAAAUAUGGAAUCACUAAAGCCAGUACUGAGCAUGGAGAAGAUGCCCACAUUUAAUACAGUGGAGACUUCAAAGCUGAACCACACUGAAAAAUUAAACCAGUUGGAGAACAGAUUCAAAUCAGUUAUUGCCCAAGUUGGACCUGGUGGGACUAUUGAUCCAGACCUAAAACAUAAGAUAAAAUUUGUUGUAUCUAAGUUUCCACAAGGUUUGUUUAUUUCUAAACUGCUUGGAGAAUUUGAGCUAAUUUUUAAAGAGCAACUUUCACCAAAACAGUUAGGGUUCUUAAAUGUGACAGAACUUGUUGGAUCUCUGAGUGACAUUCUCCGCGUCGAGUUCAGUGAAGAAAAGCAAGACUUGCUGGUGUUUGAUGCUGACCUGAAGCCUGUCCCGCCUGGUGGAGCGUUUUCAUCAGUCAGAAAUUCGUGUUUAGUUCAACCAGACAAGAAAACAGAAGGCAAUGCUUGGCUCUCCAGCCCCUCUAGAAACCAUCUGUCGACGGCAGCAGUUAGGAAGACUACGUGGGACUGCCCCUUGAAGAACCACAAGGAACCAGAACAGAAACUUUACAAGAAGCCUAAUCUUGUGGUAAAGCCUUUGCAGCUGCAAGUAGAAACAAACAAAUCCCAGUUCAGCUUGUCAGUGGCAAACCAUGACAUCCCACCAGAUGCCGUGCGUGCAAAGAAACUCUGCAGACUUCCGCCACUGGACACCAGCACCCUGGUGGGGGUCUUUGUGGAGUACAUAAUCUCUCCGAGUCAGUUCUACAUCCGCAUCUACAGCAGAGACUCGUCGGAGCUACUUGAGGACAUGAUGAUCGAAAUGCGGCGCUGUUACUCUAAUCAGCUGGUUUCUGAUCGGUACAUCAUGCCGGAAUAUUUUAUCCAGCCGGGACAUCUCUGUUGUGUAAGGAUUUCUGAGGACAAGUGGUGGUACCGGGUUAUUAUCCACCGAAUCAUUGGGAAAAAGGAAGUUGAAGUGUUCUACCCAGACUUUGGAAAUAUUGGAACUGUUCAGAAGUCUGCUCUGCGGUUCCUCAAAUGCUGCUACACGAAGCUGCCUGCUCAGGCAAUCCCUUGCUCUUUGGCUUGGGUGAGACCUGCAGAGGAACACUGGACAUCCAGAGCUAUUUUGCACUUUCAGAAGCUGUGUGGUUUGAAGCCAUUAGUAGGGGUGGUAGAUGAAUAUAUAGAUGGAAUCCUUAAUAUUUUUCUUUGUGAUACAUCCUCAAAUGAAGAUAUCUACUUUCAUCAUGUCUUGAGGACAGAGGGCUAUGCUAUUGUAUGCCGAGAAAAUGCCCCAUCCAAGGGCUUCAGAGAUUUAAACCCGUUAGCACUCUACACUAACUCCAGCGGAGUGGAAAGUGACAGGGCCCCAACAGAGCUGGGGUGUCCUUCUCAGCAGCACUGUUUGAAUGAAGACAGGGAGCAAUCGAAGCAAGAUAUUAAUGAUGAAAAGUGUCUAAGUCACCUCAAGGCUGAGGACUCUAAACUCAGUUCAUUGAAAACAUGUAAGAGCUAUGAAGAAGAUCCACAGUGGUCCAUCCUGCAGCCCAAGGAUGCAAAGGAAGAAAAUGAGGAUGAGAUUCCUACUGGAAUGCCAUGCCUGGAGUCAGUGACCAUAGGUGACGACAUUUGGGAUGAGAACUGGCUCCCUCUACAGGCUAAGAUGGGAAAGGGCGUGGGUCCUGCCUCCCAUCUCUUCACUUCAAGUCUUGGGAAGAAACAGUAUCAGUCACAUGGAGAAAUGUCACAAAAGGAUUGGUAUUUUUCUGCAUCUAAUGAUAAAUGGGAUGACUCAUGGCAGCCCGGAGGCCUUGCAAAUGACAUGAAAGGAGGAAUUCAAACUCCAGAAGACCCCAUUGCUCAAGACAAAAGUACUGGCACAACCAGAAUUCAAAAGCAAGCAGAUUCACAGAGCCCUUUGGACUCUUCCACACUGCCCAAACUGGAAGAGUUCUACAUCUCUCUUAUCAAGUCACAGCCGCCGGUAGAAGGAAGCCAGUCUGAGCCUGUCAGCAUUCAGACUCAACCCAAGCACAACCUGCUGUCCUCGACAGUACCCAGCUCAGCUCCUGCAGGGCUCGACUCUCCAGGAACCCAUUCUGGCUCUGUGGAAAGCUCUCCAGGGAGCCUAAAGAAUGAAGAUAUUUCUAGUAGCCAUGCUGACACGGUGGUCAAGGACAAGAGUCAAGGAGCCAUAGACCAGCUGUCUUUCAUUUUGUCCCCCCAGCACCAGAUUUCUCAGAAGCUCUACCUACCUCGAAGUACAGCCACGGCUGUCUUGGGAGCGGCUGCACGGUUAGCCAUGUCCCGGAGCCCCCUGCACUGGUACCCCAGUGUGAAAGGAUGGAAGCCGGAGGGACAAGAGGCAGAGAAAGAUGAAGUGAAGUAGCGUUGGGUAGGGACCGCUGGUCUUUCUAUGUGACCAUUGGCUAGCUUUGUUUUGCUAACUGAUCAUAUUGAUACUUUGUGUUAAUUUUAUUUUUUUCAUGAUUUUACUUCAUUUCAAAUGGUUUGGCUCACCUUUGUUUUAAUGAAGGAAUUUAAAGGAGUUUGUGUAUAUGUUUCUGAGUUUUUCUUGUAUAUAUCAUGACUGAUAAAGGAAAAUUGAAAAAAUAA